AUGUCCACCACCAAAGGCAACUCCAUCCCCUCGGCCUCCAAGCUCUCGGACCUAUUCAGCCUCAAAGGCAAAGUAGUCGUCAUCACCGGCGCCUCCGGUCCUCGGGGGAUGGGCAUCGAAGCCGCACGGGGCUGCGCAGAGAUGGGCGCCUCGGUAGCCAUCACUUAUGCCUCGCGGGCCGAGGGCGCCAAGAAGAACGUGGACGAACUGCAAAAGGAGUACGGAAUCAAGGCCAAGGCCUACAAGCUGAACGUUUCCGACUACGCGGACUGCGAGAAGCUGGUGAAGGACGUUCUUGCGGAUUUUGGGCAGAUUGAUGCUUUUAUUGCCAACGCCGGCGCCACAGCCAAGUCCGGUGUCAUCGACGGCUCCAAGGAGGAAUGGGACCGCGUCAUCACGACGGACCUCAACGGCACCGCCUACUGCGCCAAGGCAGUCGGCCCGCACUUCAAGGAGCGCGGCCGCGGCUCCUUCGUCAUCACGAGUUCCAUCUCCGGGCACAUCGCCAACUACCCGCAGGAGCAGACGUCGUACAAUGUCGCCAAGGCCGGGUGCAUCCACAUGGCCCGGUCGCUGGCGAACGAGUGGCGCGACUUUGCCCGGGUCAACAGCAUCUCGCCUGGUUACAUCGACACGGGUCUGUCGGACUUUGUCGAUCAGAAGACGCAGGAUUUGUGGAAGAGCAUGAUUCCGUUGGGCAGGAACGGCGAUGCGAAGGAGUUGAAGGGUGCCUAUGUUUACUUGGUUAGCGAUGCGAGCAGCUAUACCACCGGGGCGGAUAUUUUGAUUGAUGGUGGGUAUACUUGCCGCUAA